AACCCGCCCGCACUCCCCUGGUAACCCGAACCCGUAGAGGAGGCGGCCCCGCCCCUGCCGAAGCGUCCCCGUUGUCCUGGAAACCAUCGCUGUCCUUUCCCCAGAGCAUGUGUGAAUGUUUUCCCCCCUCCCCCAGGGCCAGCGCAAAGAGCACCAGGUUAGACACCAGAACCGAGCUGAGACUGGGGAGGGGGGAGAAACUUCAGGAUUACGUCACAAUCGCCCCGGCUCACGCAAUCUUCCAUGGCAGUUCACCACCAGAGUUAACAAGAGAGCUACCAACCAGAAUGACAAAGGACUAAGAAGCUCAAAUCCAACAAAUAUGGAACAGAAGGGGGACCUUGCAGUAACCAACAAAGAGGAGGCUAAGGUGCAACAAAAUCCAUCAACACAUAGUACUUUAAUUCAUAAUUCAAAUAUAAUGGAAAAGUAUGAAAAACUUGGUAAGAUUGGAGAAGGAUCUUAUGGUGUUGUAUUCAAGUGCAGAAAUAAAAACUCUGGACAAGUUGUGGCCAUUAAAAAAUUUGUGGAAUCGGAGGAUGAUCCCAUUGUUAAGAAGAUAGCUUUAAGAGAAAUACGUUUAUUGAAGCAACUAAAACAUGCUAAUCUUGUGAACCUCAUCGAGGUGUUCCGAAGAAAGCGGAAAAUGCACUUGGUUUUUGAGUACUGUGAUCAUACACUUCUGAAUGAGCUCGAGAGAAAUCCAAAUGGAGUCGCUGACCGUAUGCUCAAAAGUGUUUUGUGGCAAACACUCCAAGCUCUCAGUUUCUGCCAUAAACAUAAUUGUAUUCACAGGGAUGUAAAACCUGAAAACAUUCUGAUAACAAAGCAAGGGAUGAUCAAGAUCUGUGACUUUGGAUUUGCUAGACUUCUGAGUCCAGGAGAUGCCUAUACUGAUUAUGUUGCUACAAGAUGGUACCGAGCACCUGAGCUUCUAGUAGGAGACACACAAUAUGGUCCUACAGUAGACGUGUGGGCAGUGGGCUGUGUUUUUGCUGAAUUGCUGACUGGUCGGCCCCUCUGGCCUGGAAAAUCAGAUGUGGAUCAACUCUAUCUGAUCAUCAGAACCCUGGGAAAACUAAUUCCAAGGCAUCAGUCCAUCUUUAAAAGCAACCAGUUUUUCCGUGGCAUAAAUAUACCGGAACCAGAAGAUAUGGAAACGCUUGAGGAAAAAUUUCCUGAAACUCCUCCAGUGGCUUUGAACUUCAUGAAGAGUUGCUUGAAGAUGAAUCCAGAUGAUAGAUUAACUUGUGCACAGCUCUUAGAGAGCCCUUAUUUUGAAUCUUUUCGAGAAAGUCAAGUUAAAAGAAAAUCACGUAAUGAAGGAAAGAACAAAAGACGAUCACAGAAUCAGCUGUUGCCUCUCAUACCGGGAAGCCACAACACCCCCACACCUGAUGGAAGAAGACAGGUCCUCCAAUUAAAAUUUGAUCAUCUUCCAAACAUUUAGGAAAACUUUCAAGUGAAAAGCAAUUUAACAUGUACAAAAUUCUCUAUGCUCUAAAGAGGAAUUCUCAGUGUUUCAAAUGCAAAUAAGCCAUGUGAAAAUUAAGAUGCCUUCUGGGCUUACUCUGAUCAUUGUUGAUUCCUUUCCAUUUUUUUCUUCAAAUGCCAACUUUUAUCUUUUCUUUAUAUAAUAAAGCCUGGUGCUUCACUCCUAAAGGGGCCACUUGCAGAAAGCAUCAGAGCAGGCCCUGUCAUAGCAAUUUAUAGUGAGAAUUUGUGGGGGGCUCCUUUGAUUUAUGAAAAAGGUUUAUGAAUAUUAUCUCCUUACAAUUAGCCACAUAAUGUCUUUAAAAUAUAUUAGUCUACCUAGCUCUUCCUUCAUCAAGGGGUCACAUUAGUUUUUACAUUUUAAUAAUGCAUUUUUAAUUUGCUUGUUUGUUUUUACAACUUUGUCAUUUCCUAGUACCCCAUCCAUACUUCCCUCCCCUAUAAAUAGAAUAACAACAACAAUCAGUUAAGUAAAAUUACCCUACACAGUGUGUAAUUUAAGAUUCUAAAUGUGGAUUCUAAUCUGUUCCCCCAGUUUUUGGGGAAACUGACUAAAAUCACUGAUAAAACGAGUUUAGGUUUUUAAGGGUUUAUUGGAAA